UCUUACUCCCAGAUUCAUCAACUGACUUCCAACGUCAAAGCUCCUGAUUGAACACAGAACUUCCAAGGAACUGGAUGGAUUAUGGCUUUGAUUCUACAUGUCCUGUCCUGCUUGCUGGGUCUUGGCUCUUGGGUUGCCAUUAAUGGGGUUUGGGUGGAGCUGCCUCUUUUAGUGCCCCAUGCUCCUGAAGGUUGGGAGCUGCCCUCCUACCUCUCUCUUCUAAUUCAGUUUGCCAAUAUUGGACCACUAGUAGUUACACUUAUCCACAAGUUGCGCCCGGAACAUCUCCAUGAGGGGCCUGUGAUCUUUGUGAUUUUGUCUGUUGGGGUUGUGUCAUGCAUACUGCUGGCUUUCCUCUGGCAAGAAACGAGCUGGGUGGGCACAUCACGGAGAAGUACUGCUCUACUGUCUCUCAUCUUCUUCCUGUCACUGGUGGACUGCACUUCUUCGGUUACCUUUCUUCCUUAUAUGACCCGUCUCAGACCAGACUACCUCGUGUCAUACUUCAUUGGAGAAGGGCUGAGUGGGCUGAUACCGGCACUGCUGGCUCUGGGACAAGGAGUUGGGGUGGUGAGCUGUGAACCAAUGAACAUUACUGAACCAAAUGGAUCCUAUACUACUGGAAAUCUAACUGCAAUAUACCAGCCGGCCAGAUUCCCUGCAUGGGGCUUCUUCCUGUUCCUGGCUGGUAUGAUGGGGAUCAGUCUAAUGGCCUUUACAAUCCUUCAUAGGACCCCAUGUAAUCAAUGCAAGAGGCCCCAAAGGGCAGUGAAAGGCAAGACAAGACAGGGAAAGCGUGUGGAGCAGAGGCCUAUGAUGGUGCAGGAUGAGGCUGGUGGAGAGGCCAGGAAGGACAGUAGACAGUUGGGAAGGUACUCUGUAUGGGAGAAGAUUUUCAUCUACCUAGUCCUGGCUUGGGUGAAUGCUUUGACCAAUGCAAUACUACCUGCUGUGAUGACUUACUCUUGUAUUCCUUAUGGAGGACAUGUCUAUCACCUCACAGCUGCUCUGGCUUCCAUGGCAAACCCUCUGGCGUGUGGCCUAGCAAUGUGUUUGACCAGCAGGUCUCUUCUCACCGUAGGAGGCCUGGCAGCGAUCGGUUCCAUCAUUGGCUCAUAUAUCAUGAGCAUGGCAGUGCUAAGUCCAUGUCCCCCCCUCCUACAUGGAAACAUCGGGGGCAUUCUCAUUGUCCUGGCCUGGGUGCUAUUUGACGGAACACUCUCCUAUGUCAAGGUGAUUAUAGGAAUAAUCCUGCGAGAUGAAGGACACAGCGCCCUCGUGUGGUGCGGGGCAGUGGUGCAGCUGGGCUCCAUGUUGGGUGCUCUUACCAUGUUCCCAUUGGUAAAUGUCUAUUCCUAUUUCCAGUCAGGGGAUCCUUGUGUCCAGCACUGCCCCCAAUAACAUCACAUGUAAAGUGCUGAGGGACGCUGUAGAGAGAGGGAUCAUCAGAUGUGACACGGAGUAAUGGGAGGGGUUACAUGGAGGAAUA